AUCCUGCUCGACCAGUCCCAGCACCUCCUCAUAGGAACUGCGCGGAAAUAAAUAUAUAAAUGUGGGAGGAGGUUGGGAAACAGGGAGGAGGGACUGGAGUCUGAGGAAUUAGAAAGCGAAGUUUCCCCAGUCAGAGCUCUGUGUGACUCUACUAGUUGUGUGUGUGUGUGAGUACAAGUGUGUGAGUGUGUGGUCCUCUCUCUCUCUCUCUCUGCUGUGUCACUGCAUCCAGUCCCAGUCAGUGCAAGCAGCCAGUCCUGUGCUCAAUGGCUGUGCAUCACAAUAGCGCCCCUCACUCCCCCUGACACCUCAUCUGACCAUGGAUUAACCCCGGACUGGCUGGAAAAGAAGCAGAAUACUGAGGAAACAACGCUGUUCAGUUGUUUGCACAGUGGGAAGCGCUAACAUGACUAAAGUAGCGCCGUGCGCGGAUAUGGCAAAGUACAAGGGGGUCGUGCUUGGUGCUUUGAAUGAGGGAGAGCAGCGGCUGUACUCUGCCCACACAAGGCUGCUGCCUGCCAGGCAAUGGACGGGCCGAACUCGCAGGAAAAGGAAGGAGCUUAUCUUGGGGCAAUUGUGUUUUAUGGGCUGCCUCUUGCUCAUUGGCUCGUCUUUCUCCCACUGGACCGAGGCAUCUGGCUACAAUAGUGUUGACUAUUUUGACAAUGACCUAAGCAAUGCAAUAGAAACCAAUGAAAAGUGGAGUGGACGUGGGAUACUCUGGUCAAGUGAUGAAAAUGUAACUGAAGACCAAAUAGAGACCAAACAUCGCAAGAAUUGCACAGAGCCAGCUCUUCAUGAAUUUCCCACAGACAUAUUCUCAAACGAGGAAAGGAGACACGGGGCAGUCAUCCUACAUAUGUUAUUUGCAAUGUACAUGUUCUAUGCACUUGCUAUUGUCUGUGAUGACUUCUUUGUCCCAUCGUUGGAAAAGAUCUCUGAAAGGUUACAACUAAGUGAAGAUGUGGCAGGAGCUACUUUCAUGGCAGCUGGCAGUUCUGCCCCAGAGCUUUUUACAUCUGUAAUAGGGGUAUUUAUCACAAAGGGAGACGUGGGUGUCGGAACUAUUGUUGGCUCAGCUGUUUUCAAUAUCCUCUGUAUAAUUGGAGUCUGUGGGCUGUUUGCAGGACAGGUUGUUAUGCUCUCGUCCUGGUGUUUGCUGCGGGAUGCCACUUAUUAUACUCUGUCUGUUGUCGCUCUCAUUGUGUUCAUUUAUGAUGAAAAGAUUUCCUGGUGGGAAUCCCUGAUCCUUGUCAUGAUGUACGCUGUUUACAUUCUCAUAAUGAAGUACAAUUCCCCUAUACACCAGUUCUUUGAAAGGAGGAAAAAAGGUGCAGCCAACUUGGCAAAUGGUUUGGCUACUAAUUCAGAACUAGACGACAGUGUCCACUGUGAAGCAACUAUGGUGCUCCUCAACAAAGGAAAUUGUCAUCGCAAAACUUCAGUCAUAAUGGUGGAUGAAUUGCUCUCUGCGUAUCCACACCAGCUCUCCUUCUCUGAGGCCGGGCUGAGGAUCAUGAUAACGGAUAAAUUUCCCCCCAAAACCAGACUUUCGAUGGCCAGCCGCAUGCUUAUAAACGAGAGGCAGAGAUUAAUAAACAGCCGCUCAUUUGCCAAUGGGGAAUCAGAGGUGUCUAUCAAGAUUCCAAUCAAGUAUGCCGUGGAGAACGGAACAGGACCGGGGAACUCUACAGAGAGAAACGGGAACAGCAACAGAAGAGAUGAAAUAGUGGCUGGCAAUGAGACUGAGAAUGAGAACGAAGACAACGAAAAUAAUGAGAAUGAUGAAGAGGAAGAAGAAGAGGAAGAUGAUAAUGACGGACCUUUCACCCCAUUUGAAGUUCCAUCUGGGAAAGCAAACAAGGCAAAAUGGGUGGUGACGUGGCCCCUGUGUUUUCUCAUGUACUUCACUGUGCCCAACUGUGCAAAACCGCGCUGGGAGAAGUGGUUUAUGGUGACUUUUGCCUCGUCUUCUUUGUGGAUCGCAGGUCUCUCUUAUGUGAUGGUCUGGAUGGUCACUAUAAUUGGGUUUACUUUGGGAAUACCAGAUGUGAUCAUGGGAAUUACCUUCCUAGCUGCUGGCACGAGUGUCCCCGACUGUAUGGCAAGCUUGAUCGUAGCAAGACAAGGUAUGGGAGAUAUGGCUGUAUCCAAUUCCAUUGGAAGUAACGUGUUUGACAUCCUGAUUGGGCUGGGCCUUCCUUGGGCAUUACAGACUCUUGCAGUGGACUAUGGCUCAUAUAUCCAGCUUAACAGCAGGGGACUCAUAUAUUCUGUUGCUUUACUGCUGGCAUCAUUGUUUGUUACGGUGUGUGGUAUUCGCUUAAACAAGUGGAGGCUGGAUAGGAAGCUGGGCAUCGCUUGUCUGCUGCUCUACAGCAUCUUUCUGUGUAUCUCCAUUCUGACGGAGUUCAAUGUCUUCACCUUUGUGAAUCUGCCCAUGUGUCAGGGGAACUGAUGGGCUCAGAAGAACAGAUCCAGACCUCACUCACCUUUACUGUGCAAUACAAAGACCCCACACCCAUCUUAA